GAUUCAAACCUCAUUUAGCCGAGAUUCGAACCUCUCGAUUCUUCGUGAAAAUCGGGCAAAAUGGCCACAGCGCGAGUUCGAGCUGUCAAAUGAGAGUGUACUUUUCGUUGUUUCGACCGUCAGGGAUAUCUCGCGAGUCUCAAGUCCGCGUUCGGGCGGAGAAUUGAACGUGCAGGAAUUAAAGUGUGGCUGCAUGCGCGAGAUGUAUCGGUGGCGCGCGAUCGCACAAGCUUUAUCGCGAUGUAAGCUAGGUUAUGUUCUGAUACCUGGCGAAUAAAGUGUAAGAUCUUCGGGCCGCAGGUCGCGCAUUAUUUCCUAGCAUUGGCCUGUGCAGAAGCUAAUGGCUCGAUCAUCGGUGUCGGCACAAUGCGACCUGGUCGCGUCGUACAUGGACGGAGUUCACGUGAAGAUCGCGGAGGCCUACAAACCGCCGAGGAAGAUCGGUCUGCCCGCAGCGUACAACAACCGUUUGCCAGACGUGUCGAAAUUGGUGUACGAUUUCAGUUUGGAGAAGUCAGUUGUCGAGAAGAUGUGUGAGUGGCGCAAGGCUAGGCAAGCCAACAGCAAAGCGCGUCAGGCUCGACUGGAGGAAAAGAGGAAGAAGGAGAAAGAGGAGACUCCACCAUCGCCGCCGCCUCUACCGCCAGACUGUGUAAAACAACUGCCCAUUAAUACAGCACCUGCUCCAGAAACGACAAUACUUAAGCCACAACUGCUGUCACCUCCAGCUUCAGAUCAUAUGAACGACCUUCAGGAUCUUCAAGAUCACGUGAAGAUAAAUGGUGGUCUGGACUUUGCUGAUUUUGAUAACGACACAAGCAGUCCCUUCGACAACAUGGAAUUGAAAACCAUCAAUGAUAUGGAGGAACUGGCGCAGGUCUUACAACCGAGGUCGCAAUGGGUGCCUGCAGAGAAACUGGAAAACAUUAUAAGCGAGUUGUCCAUCGAUGAUACCUCAGAGACUCACAAGGAGGACGUAUCCAUCGACGAUACGAAAGAUCAAGCGGAGAGCCAGGCUGACGCGGACUCGCACAGUACGGAAAAUCACCGCAGUGUUUCAGUAAUCGUGCAGGAACUUCAAAAGGAGCUAGAACGUCCUGUUAUGGAGAAUUGGAAGCCGUGGCCCGAUUUGGAGAGUCCAUCGGACAGCGACGCCUGUGGAGCUACGCAGCACGAUGACUCAGCGUCAUCGAAUCACGCGAGAUUGUCGGCGGACUUGUUGGCGGGCCUGACGGAGGACGAUCUAAAGUUGGUCGCGCAACUGAACGAUAUGGGCUUUCCCGUAGGCAGAGCGGCGCGCAUAGUGCUGGAACUGGGUCGGAUACACGAAAAGAAUAUCGUGGAGUAUCUAUUAGCCGUCCAGUCCUUGGAGGAAACCGGCAUCCCGAGCGACUACGCCGAGAAGGCGCUGACGCUCACGCAGCACGAUCAGCACAAGGCGCAAAUUUACUACGAGAACCUGUGCACGUUGAAAGAUUUGGGAUUCCCCGAGGAUGAAGCUUCCGCGGCGCUGGUGAAGUGUAACUUCGAUCGCGAUAAAGCGUUAGAUCUUCUGAUCACUUGAGCAGGCGAGUAGUAAGCGAUAUAAAUUAAUAUCCGCGCGAAACGGGACAGGCCGAGAGAAAUAUUUUUGGUGACUUGAUUUUAUGGGAAAGUGCAAAUGGAAUCUAUGCAAGAAAAUUGGAAUUUUUAUAAUGCAUAGAAGAUGCACAAUUGCGUCGAUCACAACGUAUAUUUUAAUAAUAAUAAUAAAAAAAAGAUAGUAUUCAGUGAGACUAGUCUUGUGUAUGUGUGUGUUUUGAAAGAAUGCGAAUGAAUAAUGGAAGUAAUGGAGUGAAGAGAGAGGUGCUGUACGAUUCUGUAAUAAUUUAACUCGAUAAUCUGUUGUAUUAUAAAAUUUGAUUUCCUACUGGGCAUUACCGAAUGCAACAGGCACUACUAGUAACCGAUUGCUGCAGAAUAAAUCACGAUUACA